CCGACAAUCCGCCCUCACUGUUGUUUCUUUUGCUUCUCUCUCCCGCAAUCUUACCCUAGAUCUAUUCCUCCCUUUCUUUGCGACACUAGCCGAAAUUCUAAUUCUCCCUUCCGAGAUUGGCUGGUCAACGGCGCUUCACUAUUUCUUGUUUCUUUUUUUCUGGUAUCUUAAUUUGGUGGUUUCUCUUUUGGAAACUGUUGGUCAUUGAUCCAAUUUCUUACGAUUCCUCUCAUGGCCACUCAAACCGCCUCCUCCUCUUCUUCUCGGGAAUACGAUGUCUUCCUUAGUUUUUGUGGUGUUGACACCCGCCAUAGUUUUACCGACCAUCUCUAUUUUGCUUUGAAACAAAAACACAUUAUUACCUUCAGGGAUGAUGAGAAACUUGAGAGGGGAAAGUAUAUUUCUCCGGAACUCUUGAAAGCAAUAGAAGAGUCCAAGUAUGCAAUCGUCGUCCUCUCAAGAAACUACGCCUUUUCAAGGUGGUGCUUGAUUGAACUAGCAAGGAUCGUUGAAUGCAUAGAAGAGACCAAGAUAACAGUUUUGCCCGUCUUUUACCAUGUGGAUCCCUCUCAUGUGCGGAACCAGACGGGUACUCUUGCUAAGGCCUUCGCUAAACAUGAGAAAGAUCCUAGAGUUAACGCGGAGGAAGUGCAAGCGUGGAAAGCUGCUUUGAAAGCAGUGGGCAAUAUCUCUGGAUGGCAUGUAAAUGAUAGGCAUGAAGCGGUAGUUAUCCAAGAAAUCCUUAAAGGGAUAUAUAGCAAAGUGAAUCUUAUAUCCCAAAGUACUAUUUCCACGAACCUUGUUGGAAUGGAAUCUCGUGUGAAAGAACUAUUGGAUUUGUAUUUAAAAGAAGGGUCAGGCAAUGUUCUCUUUGUAGGGAUUUGCGGGAUGGGUGGAAUGGGUAAAACAACUCUUGCACAAGAAAUUUGUAACAGAAUAUAUUGUAAUUUUGAAGCCACCAGAUUUAUUGCUAAUGUUAGAGAAACUAAAAAGCAAGAUCUAGUUUCUUUACAGAAACAACUUCUUUCUAUGGUUCUCAUGGAAAGCGAAAUAAAUAUAUGGAAUAUAAUUGAGGGAAUCAAUGUUAUAGGGAAUAGACUACGCAAUACAAAGGUUCUUAUUGUUCUUGAUGAUGUGGAUGACAUAGAACAACUAGAAGCACUAGCAGGGAAACAUGAGUGGUUUGGUUGUGGGAGUAGAAUUAUUAUAACAAGUAGAGAUAACCAUUUGUUAGGAAGUCAUAGAGUGGAUUGUGUAUAUACAACUAAGAGGUUGAGUGAUGAUGAAGCUUUGGAGCUUUUUAGUUGGAAAGCUUUCAAGGAACCACAUCCUGACGAAAAUUAUAUAGAUUUGUCUAUGGAUUUUGUGAAUUACGCCCAAGGACUUCCUUUGGCUCUUAAAGUUUUAGGUUCUUCAUUAUUUGGUAAAAGAUUUGAGGUUUGGAGAAGUGCUCGAGAUAACCUAAAACAAAAACCUAAUAGAAACAUUUUGAGUAUACUUAAAAUAAGUUAUGAUGGGCUUAUGGAUAUAGAGAGAGAGUUGUUUUUAGAUAUUGCAUGUUUCUUCAAAGGACAAAAAAUAAAUUGCAUAAGAGAUAUAUUAGAAAGUUUUGGUUACUCUACAGACUACCAUAUUGAUGUCCUUGUUGACAAAUCUCUCAUAACCAUUGAUGAAGAAGGAAUCUUGUGGAUGCAUGGCUUGCUACAAAAAAUGGGCCAAGAAAUUGUUUGUAGUGAAUCCUCUAAAGAGCCCGGUGGACGUAGUAGAUUGUGGAUGUAUGAGGAUGUCCUUCAUGUAUUGAAGAAAAGUACUGGAACAGAGAGAGUUGAAGUCAUAAUGCUAAAUACGUAUAAUCAAAGAGAGGAAUGCUUGGAUGCUGAUGUCUUCUCGAAGAUGAAAAAAAUGAGAUUGCUUAAAAUUUGUAAUGUGCAACUUCCACAAGGUCUUAGUUACCUUUCUGAUGAGUUACGUGUUAUAGAAUGGCAUGGAUAUCCUUUAAAAUCCAUGCCAACAUGUUUUCAACCAAACAAACUUGUUGAAUUGAGAAUGCAUUGCAGCGGUAUAGAACAACUAUGGAAAGAAAUUAUUAUUUUAAAGAUGUUAAAACUCAUUGACUUGAGUGACUCUCAAAACUUGAUUGAGAUCCCAAACCUCAUUGGAGCAACAAAUCUUAAGCAAUUGAUUCUUCAAGGAUGUACAAGACUGCCAAAGAUUCAUGAAUCUCUUGGAAAUCUCAAACAACUUAUUCGAUUAGAUCUGAAUGGUUGCAAGAGCCUUGAAAGCUUUCCACACACGAUCAACUUGGAAUCUCUUGAAGUUUUCAUUCUUUCUGGUUGUUCAAGUUUGAAGAAGUUUCCAGAGGUUGUAGGAAAUAUGUCAUGUUUGUUGGAACUUUAUUUGAAUGGGACUGCUAUAAAUGAUCUUCCUUUAUCAAUGGAGCAUUUAACUGGCCUGAUUAAAUUGGACCUAAGAGACUGCAAAAGCCUUUCAAGUCUUCCAAAUGCAUGUUGUAGUUUGAUGUCUCUAAAAGUUCUCACUUUAUCUAGUUGUUCAAAACUUGAUGAGCUACCAGAGAAUUUGGGGAAUCUCAAAGGAUUGGAAGAGCUAGAUGUAAGUGGAACUGCUAUAAAAGGUCUACCUAAAUCCAUCAUUCUCUUAAAAAAUCUCAGAAUAAUGUCUUUUCAUGGAUGUGAAGGGCCAUCACCUAAAUCUUCAAAUAAACUCCUUUGUUUUCCUUUAAUGUCAAGAAGAAGUGUAGAUCCCAUGGGCAUGCUAGUGCAUAAUUUAUCAGGCUUAUGCUCCUUGAUUGAACUGGAUCUAAGUUAUUGCAAUCUUCAGACAAUUCCUGAUGUUAUUGGCUGUUUGUCGUCUUUAUUAAAAUUAGAUCUAAAGGGAAAUAAUUUUGUUUACCUUCCUAAAAGUAUGGUUCGACUAUCUAAUUUGAAAGUUCUUUGUUUGAUUUGUUGCAUGAGUCUUCGAUCAUUGCCAAAACUUCCAUUAAAUAUUAAGCAUAUUCAUGCAAGAGGGUGUACCUUAUUGGAAACAUUAUCAGUAGGAUCAGAUAAUGAUUUUUGGCCAACACUAUCUUCUCAAUUGCAUCAAAUUAAUGGAGAAUCAAGGCUACAAUAACUUGUUGUCGACAAUGCCAAGACGUUAUAUCCUUAAUAACCAGAGAUACUUUGACCAAGAUCGUUUAUCCUAUGGUUUCGAGAUUCCUGGAAGUGAAAUUCCCAAAUGGUUUAGUCACCAAAAUGUGGAGGCUUCAGUGAAUCUGCAUGUGCCUUUGCAUUUAUGUAACAAAUUUAUGGGAAUUGUUGUGUGCGUUGUUUUUGAAUUCUGCCAACUAUAUCCACUUGACCAACUUUGUAGUAUUGAUGAUUAUGAAUAUUAUAGAGCUACACAAAGGCUUUGGUGUUCUGUUAAAGCCAACGGAUUUGCACCUAAUGGGCUGUACCUUCCUUUAUCGGAAGAAUUUGGUAAUAUUAAAUCAUAUCAGCUUUGGUUGGAAUAUUAUCCCUCUACAUCCCUUGGAGAUGAGUGGAGAGAAGAAUUGAAUCGAGUUGAUGCUAAUGGAUUCAGCCAGAUUGAGGUUACAUUUGAAACCGAAGGUCCAGGAUUGAGAGUUACGAAAUGUGGGGCCCAUUUGGUAUUCGAGCAAGACGUUGAAGAUCUCAAACAAACUAUGGCUGGCAGCUGCAGCAUCACUUCUUAUGAGGAUGAUUUAGGAGAAGGUACCUCUAAUGACAUAGACAUACCACAGCCAAGGAGGAAAGGACUCCCUAAUCUAAUUCAAAGAUUUAUUCCGCAUUUUGGAUGGUUUGGGAAUUGAAGCACACGAGGACAAGGUAACUUUGAUUGCUAGGAAGAGGAAUGCCAAUGAAGUGGUAGCUUUGGUGAAUCUGCAAGGCUGAUAAACUUUUUCUUUUCCCCUGAUUUUUGUUUGCCCCAUACUGGAUACGAUGAAGUUGGAGUUUGCUGGCUUGGAGAUAUUGUCACAUUGCUAGCAGUGAAGAAGAUAUAUAUAUAUAUAUAUAUAUGGGGUAACUAACAGUUCAAAAAACAAAGAAAAGUAUUGACAGCAGCAGGAUAAGCAAGUCCAGACCUUUACAGUGUUCCAACUGGCAACCAAUCCUGUUGGAGUAGAGCUGCAAGUGUAGGAGAAGGAAAUAGUGGGAUCCAGUUUCUUUUGUAAAAAUAGAGAAUGUGCAUGUCCAUGGCUGGUUGUGAGGAGUCAAGUGAGUGAUUAGUGACCUGAAAUUUUUCAUUGGAAGGAAUUUGUGAAAGUGGCCUGGAAGGUCAAUCAACGUUUUUGUCUUGAUUACCUGUAUGCACAAGCCUAUGAUAUACAAGUGGUGGAUCAAACAAACUGCAGGAGUACCAGCGUCACUGUAUCUAGUUGUGGAGGGAUAGCAGGUGUUACUGAUAGUUGAUGGGCACCGGCAUGGAGAUUUCAAAUGGAUUGGUUUUGUGCCUAUGCAGAAAAAUCAUGUUUCGGCAGGAAUAAUUUUUGCAGUUUGUUGUAGUUCUACCAUUUGCAACUGAAUAGAAGCUCAAUCCCUGACCAUUCAAAAUGUCUUAACUAAGGCUGAUUGAAGACCACAUGUACAUGCUGUGCUUAGGGGAGUCACUACAAAGGUUAUGGCCCUGACUAUUGCUUCAAAGUAUUAUGAACAUCUUUUGGGGCUAGUAACUUUACUACCAGCCAGCUCUUAUUUCAUUUUUGUAUCAAAAACCCAAAGAGAAGCUGUCUUUACGCCUUUUUUGAACUAAUUUAUGCCUUUGGCAUAUGUCUGCAUGCAAUUUAUUAACAUUUUAAG